AUGAAUGACAGAAGUCAGGACGAAGAGGCAUUGUCUCAGGCGCAAAUCCUUGCUAACGUCGAAAGACAAAUCAACGCAGCUACAGCUGCAAUUAGUGAGGCUUGUAAGCAACUGCAACAAGAAGCAGACAAGCUUCGUAACGAGCGGGAAACAUUCGAUCGUAUGUCGAAGAAAAUAGAAAGUACGCAGAUUUCUGAGACGGUCAACCUCAACAUCGGUGGCCAGCAUUUUACCACAACUCGCCAAACGCUGACAAAGGACCCAAACUCGUACUUUGCUGCUAUGUUUUCCGGAAGGUUUUCAUUAAAGCGUUCUGAAGAUGGUGCGAUUCAGACGAUUGAAAUCGAUCGAGAUGGAAAACACUUCCGCCAUAUACUUAACUACCUGCGUGAUGGGAAGUUAUCUUUACCAGAAGAAGCCACGUGCACUGAUCUGGAGGAAAUCGAGACAGAAGCCACUUAUUACCAGAUACAAGGAAUUAUCGACGAGUUAAGUAAACCCAGAUCCGCGCAGAGUUAGAAGAGUUCGAUCCAAGGAGCCACAGCACUAGCCACAAGGUUGUUUUCAGAUUCUAAGAUUCUGACUCGAGAACUUGACAUGAUCUUAUCAGGUAUGCUACCUUAUAAAACUGGCGACUGGCGACUUCUGUACAGAGCUUCUCGAGACGGCUUCGAGGCAGAAUCGUUCCACUUAAAAUGCGACUACAAAGGUCCAACAGUAACGGUUGUGAAAACUGGAAACUUCGUAUUUGGCGGAUUUACUGAAGCAGCAUGGAGGAGUCCGCGUAAGUAAAAUUACGUUGUCUUCUUGAAUAGUACAAUAACUGUAAUUGUCAGUCGAGGUCUAGCAGGGUCGAGUUUUAAAGUGGCCGUAUUAACUCUUACCGCAGUCCACUUCAAUGAACCAAGAAUCGAUUUCCUUUAUAAUCGAAGUUAACCCAAGCUGACAGUGAAAAUUUAAUGUUGAUAAAUUACCACACACUUAUGGAUACUUAUACGUUAUACGUGGGGAUAACGCUGCACGUACUAGUGAAAAGUGAUUUUGUGAAUUCAUUAUUCACUCGGGUAGACUUUCGGUUAGUACCGUUCUAAGGUCGUGUUUCAAGACCAAAUUUAUACGCGACAUGACGAGAGGGUGGAUUGAGGGUCAGUUUUAAAUAUAACCUGAGUCACAUCAGCAGAUCAGUACUCGUCUGAAUUAGUGUACAGUCACCAGGUUUUUAUAGAGGCCCUGUUUGGGAUUUUAGCGGGAGGAAGGUAUAACUAGCCAAAAUAUUUUUAAGAUAGAUGAUUUUAAAAUAAAUCCUAGGGAUAGCCAAAAAUGGUUUUUUCUCUUUUAACCUAAGUAAAACUGUAAUUUAAUCAAAGGGCAAGUAGUUAGUUUAACUAUAUCUUACCCUCUCCAUUUAUUCUUGUAACCGGAUAUUUAAUUCUACAAAUAGCAUCUUUAAUUCUUCAGUCUUGUAAUACAAUAUAAUUGGCUUGGGAAAUAAAUAAAUGGAGGAAAAAAUAAACAAAUAAACAAAAAAUGGUGGAUUUAGGGAUAACGGGAACUAUAAUCAUAAAGAUAAAUUCUUCAACCCCCGUUAAUUGGGACCGGAUAGGAAUGAACGUUCAAGUUUGCUGCAUGUAUUCGGCCAAAUAUAGUGACAACAGGGUCAGUUAAAAGUUUGUAAAAAAUAUUUAAUUUUCUCCUCAAGGUGUGCGUAUGGAAGUUGUUGAAUCCAAACAGGCAUUCUUGUUCAGUUUGGUCAAUCCAUUUGGGACGGAGCCUGUUCGAAUACCGGCAGACGAGAAGGAGAGCGGUUGUGUUAUUGCCUGUAAAAAGUCGCUUGGGCCAUCGUUUGGACAAGACUAUUGGUCAGAAAAAUACCUGCACAUUUCAAAUAAUGCACAGUCAUCUCGAACAAGUUAUAGUCGUCUACGAGAAAAGUUUUCGUGUCCUGGAGGAAAACAAGGAGAUUUGUUCUUCACGGGUACUAAAGAUUUUACCGUCGAUGAUUACGAAGUGUUUGAAUUUUACUAGUGAUAAGUUUCGUACUCUAUCCACAAGCGAAGUGGGACUGGCUAAGGACGUUCGUAAGUGGAAAAUUAAUUCCACUUUUGUAAAAGAGUAGAUUUAUAGACUGGAUCCAUAAAGUGAACUUCAGAACGUAGUAUUAAAUUUAAUAUUGUAAAUGAAGAGAGAGUUAGGUCCAAAGUUUGUGCAAUGAUAAAUUAACCUUUUAAUGAAAAACAAAAAAAGACAUUGACGGGGCGGAUUUUGCCUUGUUUGUUGUAAAGUAGCUAAGCCCAAUCUAACCUUGACAAAAAAAUUAAUGCAAUGAAUCUACUAGGAAGGUUUCUUACACCAGUCAUUUUGUUUUCUAAUGUUGUAUUAAUUAUGAGGUUGCUAUAGAAAUAUGUUGUUGUCGUUACAAUAGACCAGGUUAGGCUUAUUUUCCUUGUGCAUUUUGUGCCCACUGGAUGUCAUGUGACGGUACUCAAAGGAGUAUACACUUUCUUUCAAAAUAAAGUUCAUUAAAGUAGAUGACCUUUUUGAGCCUUGGAGAAUCAUGUCAUAAGUAGGUGGAAUAUGAUCCUACGGGUGAAUGAAGUACUAAAUAAGUCUAUUAUUCUUGACAGUGACUGACGGUUCGG